AUGGCGGCGUCGAUGAAGCGGAAAAGAGGCGGUGGAUCGGAAAGGCCCAACAAGAAGGGGAAAGUGCUACCAAAACCACGUGGACCCGCUGUACGCGGCGACGCCCUGAGCUGGACGCCUGUCACUCUUCCUGAUCGCCUAGACGACGCCGAAGGCUUCUACGCCCUUGAAGAGAUUGAAGAUGUCGAAGUUGUCCGAGACGAACGCAAUCAUGCCAUGUUUCGACCAGCCGCCGAUGCAAAACUUGCCAGAAAUGGGGAGCCUCACGAUUGCACCGCUCUGGAUGAUGGCGAAGAGUGGGAAGGCUUCGACGAUGACGAAGGUGUCCCUGUGGAUGGCACCAAAGCUACCAACGGCAUCAGCCCAGCUCCUAAAAUCUCCGAGGAGCAGCCGAAAAGCAUUCUCAAGGCCCCUGUGCCACCGUCGGAAGAAAGCAGCAACGAAGAUGACGAGGAUGAGCUGGGCGGCGAAAACGUGUUCGACCUCCUCGACGGCCUUCCAGAAGAUGCUGGUGCAGAUGUGUCAGCCUGGGAUGGGUUGAAUUUAUCCCAAGCUAUGAUGUCUGCCAUCUCGAAUCUGGGCUUCCCGAAACCUACGCCCAUCCAAGCCUCCUCAAUCCCACCCAUCAUGGACGGCAAAGAUGUCAUUGGCAAAGCCGUGACUGGGUCAGGCAAGACUCUAGCAUUUGGGAUACCUGUACUUGAGAAGUGGCUAUCGUCUCAGGCCUCGAAGGAACGGAACCCCACCGCCCUCGUUCUAGCGCCUACUCGAGAGUUGGCCCAUCAGCUACAUGACCAUCUGAUAGCACUUGCAGAUGGUCUCGACCAACGACCUCGGAUUGUCAAAGUUACGGGUGGCCUCUCCAUUCUCAAACAACAACGUCAGCUGGAGAACGUCGAUAUCAUAAUCGCCACGCCAGGCCGGCUAUGGGAAGUCAUCAACGACUCCCAGGGUCUCAUCGACCGCCUCAAGCAGCUCAAGUUCCUCGUCAUCGACGAAGCCGACCGCCUCCUCUCCGAAGGGCACUUCAAAGAAGUCGAAGACAUCCUCGAUGCCCUCGACCGUGAAGUCCUCGACGAAAACAACAAGCCAGUCACGACGCGCCCAAAGCGCCAGAUCCUCGUCUUCUCCGCCACCUUCCACAAAGCCCUCCACCAAAAGCUAGCCGGCAAGCUCAAGUCGCCCGCCUCCAACUCCAACCUUCUCAGCAACCAACAAUCACUUUCCUACCUCCUGAGAAAACUCCCCUUCAGCCGCACCAACAAACCCACCUUCAUCGACCCCUCCCCCACCUCCACCAUGUCCAGCACGCUUCACGAAGCCAUCCUACAAUGCCCCGCCAUGGAAAAAGACCUCUACCUCUACGCCCUCCUCCUGCUGAACCACGGCCUCAAGACCCUCAUCUUCACCAACAGCAUCUCCACCGUCAAACGCCUCACGCCGCUCCUCACCACCCUCGCCCAGCCCGCCCACGCACUCCACUCCUCGAUGCCACAGAAAUCCCGCCUCCGCAGCCUCGAACGCUUCCACGACCCCAACACGCACUCGCUGCUCGUCGCCACCGACGUCGCCGCCCGCGGCCUCGACAUCAAAGGCGUCCAGCUCAUCAUCCACUACCACGUGCCGCGCACCGCCGACAUGUACGUGCACCGCUCCGGCCGCACGGCGCGCGCCGACCACGCCGGCCGCUCGAUCCUGCUGUGUUCGCCGGAUGAGGUCGUGCCCGUGUCGCGCCUGAUCGGCAAGGUGCACGGGGGAGAGAAGAACGAGACGACCAACAGGGCGCCCGAGACGAUGCACGUGGAGCGUGAGGUCAUCAAGCGGAUCCGCGAGCGGGUCAGCCUCGCGAAGAAGAUCACGGAGGCGGCGGCGGCCAAGGAGAAGAGCGGCAGUCGCGACGAGUGGGUGCGCGCGGCGGCCGAUGAGUUGGGGGUCGAGUACGAUAGUGACGAGUUUGAGGAGGUGGGGAGGCGGAUGCAGCGUGGGAGGGGAGGGGGGAGGGAGAAGAGGGCCAAGGAGAAGGCGGAGGUGGGCAAGGAGAAGGUUGGGCAGUGGAGGGCGGAGCUGAGGGAUCUGUUGAGUCGGAGGGUUAAUAUGGGGGUUAGUGAGAGGUAUAUUGCUGGUGGUGCGGUGGAUAUGGAUGCGUUGGUGGAUGGAAGGGGGAGUGCUGUGUUCUUGGAAGGGAAGUAG